CCAUGGGGGACGACCUGGCGUCGGAGGGCGAUACCCUGCUUCACUCAGAGAAAGAGUUCCACGAUGCGGCAAAGCGUAAUGACACGGCCAGAAUGGAGGAGCUCAUCAGGAGAGGGGUCGACAUCAAAGCCAAAAACAAUACAGACCGGACAGCCCUGCACUGGGCCGCAGGAGCAGGGAACGUGGAUGCUGUGCGAUUGCUCCUGGAUCACGAUGUUCCGGUGGAUGACAAAGACAGUUUUGGAAUGAGUGCGCUUCUCCUGUCUGCCUGGUUUGGCCACCUCCACGUCCUGCAGAUCCUUGUCAAUGCUGGGGCCAAGAUUAACUGUGUCAAUAGGAAUGACAGGAACCUGCUCCACUGUGCGGCUCAGAGGGGACACAUCCGGGUGAUGGAGUUCAUCAUGGAGGACUUGGAGGACAUGUGUGUGGAUAAGACAGACAAGAUGGACAGGACAGCGUUUCACCUGGCUGCAGAGUAUGGGCGGCUGGAGGUGGUGGAGUUCCUAAUUCGACUGGGUUGUUCUCACAGUGCCAAAGACAAGGAAGAAAAUACAGCAUUGCAUUUAGCUGCUAAAAAUGGACACCUCUCUGUGCUGCAGAAGAUUAUAGAUGUUGGAGUGGACCUUGAUGAAAAGAACUUAGAAGGACUUACGGCUCUGCACCUGGCUGCUGAGGGGGGUCACAGCGACUGUGUGAAGCUGCUCUUGGAAGCAGGUGCCGAUGUCAAUGCCCAAACCCAGAAGAAGAUGAACUGCCUUCAUUACGCAGCACUGCAUGGCUACGAGGAGUUAGCCAGGAUCCUCAUGGAUGCAGGAAUCCACACAGACGCUGUUAAUUAUCAAAAUGCAUCGGCGACACACAUCGCGGUACUGCAGAACUUCCCAGCCAUGGUGAAGCUCUUCAUCGACGCAGAGUGUGACCUUGACAUUCCAGAUAAUAGGCAGCAGACCUCACUCCACCUCGCUGCGGAGCAUGGCAGGCAGGACAUUGCUGAAAUGAUUCUCAUUGCAGGAGUUAAUCUGAAGCUAACAGACAAGCAAGGGAAAACAUCUCUGGAUGUCGCCGCCCGAGGCAAUCACAUCAACUUGGCGGACAUGAUUAUCAAAGCCGAUCGGUUUUACAAAUGGGAAAAGAAAGCAUUCGUAAAAAAGCAAACGCAGACUCUGCCUCUCCACGGAAGUGCACAGCAAUGUAACACCGGGAGGGCACCAGUGGUUCCUUCAACUGAUGCGGCCUCAGCUUGGCUUAGAGCUGCAGGAGAAACCCUUGCUCCGCUACUCAUCAGAAGGCAGCUGCAACUUCAGGGCUUCUCGUCAUAAACAGCCAGCAUCGCUGCUGCCGCCUUCGCGGUCUGAAACAACAAGGGUAUCAGCAAACACGAACGGUGUAAAACGGCUCUUUACGCAGAAGGGAGAUUCUUACCAGCUAUCGGGUACGGUCGGGGGGCUGUAGUAAGAGUUCAGUGCGCGAGCCUCACUUGUCAUACUGUGAGCAUCAGGAAAUACUACGCUAUUUUACUGUAACUUGUUUACAUCACAUUUUUGUAUACAAAUUAUUAAACUGUCAAUUUUUUAAGUUAUUGAGGGGAAAGCCUUUGUUUUCAGGAGUGCUCUUUACUUACCUUUUUGGGGGGAGGGGGUGUCUGUCACUUGUGUCUUAGCUGUGUUCAUAAAUUCCCACCCCAGUAGGGAAGUUAAGAAGAAGAGUCAAGGGUACCGCUUGGUCCUCUUGGAACCUUAAGGGUCGCAAUCUUUAACGUUUCGACUCUUCACAAAAAGUACAUUAACAUACACUGUUUGUAAGUGUACAUUAACAUACAUGUACUGUUUAUAAAUCAAAUGGGUAACUUUUUUAAUCCCUAGGUUACAGCUGGAAAAGUGUAAGAUAAGAAUGGUUGUGGGUUAUCUACGCAGCCUCUGACAAGGACAUAGGGUUUUCUUAAAUACCAAUCUGUCAUGUAAUACUUCGUAUUUAUUUUUUAUGGUGUUUCAAGGGGAAAAUAAUGUCUGUAUUUCAAUAAAUCCAGAU